UACGGUAGUCACGGAGUAGCGGGAGGGGUGAAGUGGGCCCAGGAUUCCAUUGCCACUCACUGUGCUCCGAGAACGAGUUCUACUGCAAAGCCACUGCACCGAACAGGUCUCUGAAAGUGUUUUUUUCUCCUCUGUGUGCUGAAAGGAAAACCGUCAUCCUCUCCUCCUUCCUCUCUCACCAGGUGUGAAUAGGAAGUUGUCCCUUGAUAUUGUGUCUUUCCUUGGUCAUCUCUGUCCUGUCCCGUACUGUACUUCUGACGAUAGAGGACGUGUCUGCACCGACCUUGACCCAUCACCGGGAGUCCCACACCGCCUUUCCAGCCAUAAGGAAAGACCUCCCUGGCCGCCACUGACCUCCAGCAUGGCAGACGGUCGCCAACCUGAGGACAGCCACCCCCAUUGGGACCCGUCGGGGGCACAGGACCCCUCUCCCCCCCCAGCCCACGGGGCUAACGGCUACCCCCCCUCUUACAGGGCCUGCCAGCCAGGGACCGCCCAUGGAGCAGCACCACCCUCCUACACCGCCAGAGAGAACGGCUUCAACGGCGACCUAGCAGUUACGGCUGAGCAAGUGUCUGCGCGAAUCGUGCAGGAGGUGACAGCGGAAGCAGUGGCAGUACUGAAGGGAGAACAGGAGACAAGACUGCAGUCAGUUGAAGAUACGGCAAACCUGCCCCCCUCCCCUCCUCCCUCACCUGCUGCUGAGCACCGCUUCAGACCUCUGGAGCAAGAUGUAGAGGAUGAGGAGGAGGAGGCCUGCCCUCUCCGCCGCUUCCAAAAUUCUCGGGAGAGGUGCAAUUUCCUCGCCCCCUCCAUCUCUGUGUCUGUACCCGAGGAUGACCCCUACCACUCUGAUGAGGAAUACUAUGAUCACCCCUUGUUCAGCCCUGAGUGGGAUCGCUCGGUCUCCUCUCAGCCCACAGUGCUGGCCGCUGCCUUUAGACAGAUCCAAGAGACUGUCGAGGCUCUUACAGACACCUUCGAAGAGGAGGAGGAGGAGGAGGAAGAGGUGUUGAUGUUGGAGGAGGAGGAGGAUGAGGAGAUGGAAGGGGCAGCAGCAGAAAUCGUGGCUGCUCUUGAGGAGCUGUGGAGUGGGGAUGAGCCUGAGCUGGACGGCCCCCCAACCAAGCCCUUAGAACAGGCUGAGGCUGUAGGCGAGGCCCAGGCUGUGCCCCCUGUGCAGGCCGAGGCAAUUAGUGCCGCUCUUGAUGGCCCUAACGGGAGGGAGGAGGAGGUUGAGGAGGAGGUGGCAGUGCCUGAGGGGCAGGAGGAGAGCCUUGAUGAAGACUUGAAGAUGGACACAGACAAACCAGGCAGUGAGAGGAGUGGAUCCCUCAGACCAGACUCCACUGAACCAGAGUGUCCAGCUUUCUUCAGUGGGGACCACGCAGCACCACCCCUGUGCCCCAAAACGGACAUGGCUUCUCCGUCCCCGUUCCUUUCUAACAUCCAGAGCCAAGCCAAAGAGCCUAUCAAAAUGUCUAUACCGGAUGAACCUAAAACAGUCUCAGAGAAGCAGCCGUCAGUGGAAGUUCUUGAGUCCAGUAACCUCACCACGGUUGCAGGGUCUGGGUUCACUACAGCUGAAGACAAAGAUCAAGGUCAAGGUGUCUCCUCUGACUCUAACAAAGACAAAUCUGGCAUGUCGUCUUAUUUCGAGACUUCGGCCCUGAAGGCAGACGAGGGAUCCAAGGGGGUUCAAGCAGCAGAAGGUUAUUAUGAACUGAGCACAGCAGGAGAAGAGAAGAGCUUAGAGAGAAGUUCCCCAACAGUUCCGUCACCCCCUGAGAUCAACUACAGCAUGCUGGCACAAACACAGUCAGUGGAGAAGAAGCCGUACACCAAGAAGAGUCCGAUGGGAUAUCAAAAGGAUACCUUACCGGCCCUGGACAGGAGUAACGAAUGUAGGCUUUCUCCCGGGAAGUUGGCCCUGGAUCAGAGAAGCUACUCUCUCAACAUUACGAUUGGAUCGAUGGAUCCCAGCGGCCAGGGUCUACCUAGGAACUUCUCCCCACUGGCCACGGACAUCAUGUCUUUUACCAGUGGCAGUCUGGAUGAGUCUGUCAACUAUCUCCCAGUUACCACCCUGUCUGCGGAGAAGGUGCCCCUGCCUUUCCCUCCCCUGAUCCUGGAGACGGCCGCCUCAGUAACGUCUGACUCCUCGUCUCCUCCCCACAACACAGCAGAGAUACCCGGCGAAAAGACCAGCCCCCAGGGGUCAGAGUCCCCGGAGUCUCCCUUUCCACCCAAAUACUACUACAAAAACGGGACAGUCAUGGCUCCUGACCUACCUGAGAUGCUGGACCUUGCAGGCACCAGGUCUAGACUAGCUUCUGAGAAUAAUGACCCAGAGAUCAUGAGGAGGAAAUCCGUUCCUGCAGACGCCCAAGGCUUUGGGAGCGACUCCCUGGCCAACCUGGUCCUGGGGGACCAGAAUCAGAGCCAGAGUCUUGCCAAGAGUGAGAGCCAGCUGGAGGAGUUGGGUUACUGUGUGUUCAGUGAGUACUCAGGGCCCAUGCCUUCCCCUGCUGACCUCCAUAGUCCCAUUGACUCCCCGCCCCAGCGCUUCACCCCUAUGGCUCUGGAGGAAAAGAUGGCAAAGGAGAAACUGAAGAUCGACGCCAGAGACAAACUAGCCGAAGACGAGAAGACAAGUCAGUUAGCUACGUGCGAUGGUUCCAAAGAAAAGGAAGAAGCCAAACAAGUGGGACGGAAAGAUUCCGCUUCAGAGGAAAAAGACAACAAAGAGAUCAGCCAUGAAAAAUCUGCAAUGGAGGACCAAAAAUACAAACCGGCUUCACCUCUGAAGUCAGCAGAGUCCUUUGUGACUCCUACAGUGAUGGUCACCCUGGAUGAGGAGGGAAAGGCAGAGACCGAGGGACCAGAGACAGACGCUGAGAUGGCUGCCUACGAGAGGCAGAUCCGCCGGUUGGAGAUGGAGGACAGGCCCCUGAGCAUUGAGGAGGAGCGAGAGCUGCAGGAGUUAAGGGAGAAGGUGAAGGACAAAUUCUUGGUGCACCAGGAGGCGUACGAGGAGGUGGAUGCUGAAGAUGUUUACCAACUAACUGGGGUUGCCAAGGACAGGAUCAGCAGGCCCGCCAGGCCCUCCCCGGCCUCCUCCGUGGAGAGCACCACAGAAGAAGAGAAGGUUCCAGUUACGGACACAGAGAAACCUAAACAGACGGGAGGCCAGACAACGCCUCCAAAGGUUGACAUCAUGGCGACGUCUCCGUCUGUGUCAGGUGGUGGUGUGAGCACCACAGAAGAAGAGAAAGGGGAAGUUAGCGAAGAGAAGCUGAAGAAGGAGCAGGUUGUAGAGGUCAAAGAGAAGACCAUGGAAGAAAAUAAAAAGGAAGAGGGGGAGGAAGAGGAGGAUAUAGAGCAGGCAGUGGAACCAGAGGAAAUCAUGAUAGAGAUAAAUCCAACAAAGCCUGGAGAGAAAGAAGAGAAGAUUGAGAAUAAUAUAAUGAAAGACAAAGAGGAGGAAGAGGAAGAUGGUGAAGUUUUAGCAGGAGCAGCGGUGGAUGACGUUCCAGAACCCAGAGCUGCCAUAGAGUCAGUGGUGACCGUAGAAGAUGACUUCAUCACUGUAGUCCAGACCAUCGACGAGGGCGAGGAGCCAGGACACAGCGUGCGUUUCUCUGCUCCGCCUGAGCCUGAGACACCACAGGCUCUCCACGAGCAGGAGGAAGAGGAGGAGGAGGAGGAGUCCCAGGAGGUGGAGAUCAUGGAGGCAGCUAGUCUGGAGGAGGUGGGGGAUGUCUCAGAGGAGUUCCGUGAGAAGGAGGUGCAGGCCUCCCCCGAGAAGGAGGUGCAGACAGAGACGGAGGGACAGACAGAGAGCUACGACAGAGACGAGACCACCAUGGACGACUCCAUCCUAGACAGCUCUUGGGUCGACACUCAAGAUCUCUGCACUGUAGAUGUGGAUGAUGACAAGAGUAUGGCUACAGAGCAGAUCGAGCCCCUGAGAGCCGACCGGGUCCCAGCCCCACCAGUCAAGAAGGAGAAGACUCCCCAGCAGCAGAAGCAGGAGAAGCAAUCAGUGAAGCUCAAGGCUAAAGUGGGACGGGUGAAAGGGCGCGAGGGACACGUCUCCACCCCCGAACGUAAACCCAUCCACAAGGAGCCGGUCUAUAUCCACAGGGAGGACGUCAAGAAGAAAAAAGCCGUGAUUAAGAAGACUGAGCUGACUAAGAAAGCAGAGACUCAGAUGCGCUCCUCGCCGUCCCGGAAGAGUAUGUUAAAGCCUACUGCGGUCCGACACCCGCGUCCCGCCCAGCCCCACCCCUGUGCUAGGAGAAAACCUACAGUGGGUGUACCAGAAGGUCGUCGGCCCCUCAGUGUUGCUAGACAGUCUCGGGACAGAGCCUCAGAUGGUGGUUCUCAGAGCCCAAAGAGGUCAUCCCUGCCGCGGCCUGCCUCUAUCCUGAGCCGGCGUACCCACCACCAACCACACGAACAGGAGGAGAGCUCCACCUCAAUCACCAGCUCCGGCUCCACCGCACCCCGCAGACCCACGUCGUUCCGUACAGAGGUCAGGGCGGAGCAUAGGACAGGACGUGCCCCUAGUUGGACAGGCACACAGUCGAUGCGUUCCCGCUCGCUGUGCAGCGGCCCCACCACACCCCGCAACCCAGGGUCCACAGCCAUCACCCCUGGUACCCCUCCCAGCUACAGCUACUCCUGCCGCACACCCGGGACCCCUCGCACCCCCGGCACACCACGUUCACUCAGCCUGCUGCAGGAGAAGAAGGUGGCUCUGCUCCGCACCCCUCCCAAGUCCCCCGCCACCACCCCCAAACAGCUUCGCGUCCUCAACCAGCCCCUGCCAGACCUCAAGAACGUCAAGUCUAAGAUCGGCUCCACAGACAACAUCAAUUACCAGCCCAAAGGGGGACAGAUUCAGAUUUUAAACAAGAAGCUGGACUUCAGUCACGUACAGUCAAAAUGUGGAUCCAAGGAUAACAUGAAGCAUUCUCCUCGUGGAGGCCAUGUGCAGAUCCAGACCAAGAAGAUUGACCUGAGUCAUGUGACCUCCAAGUGUGGAUCACUGGACAACAUUCACCACCGGCCAGGAGGAGGUAACGUGCGCAUAGAGAGUGUGAAGCUGGACUUCAAAGACAAGGCCCAGCCCAAGGUGGGUUCCCUGGAUAAUGCACACCACACCCCUGGUGGAGGCCUCAUUAUGAUCGAGAGCCACAAGCUGUUGUUCCGUGACACGGCCAAGGCCCGGGUGGACCAUGGGGCAGAGAUCAUCGUGACCCAGUCUCCGGGAACGAGCAUGUCAGGGACGGUGUCCCCCCACCGCCACAGCCACCUGUCGUCCUCCGACAGCAUCAAUUUGCUGGAGUCUCCACAGCUAGCCACUUUGGCUGACAAUGUCACCGCUGCCCUGGCCAAGCAGGGUUUGUGAGCGCCUUGACACCCUCUGCCCGGACACUGGAUCUCUUGACCCCUGCCUCUAGUCUCACUCCAGUCAAUCCCAGCACGGAUAUCCAGACACCCAGACACCCCCGGACACCUUUACCCUUCCUCCAGCCACCCUAUGCCCAAGGCCUGGACC